AUGGCUGGCACCUUACUGAGCGUCCGCACCGUAGGGGGUGUGGACCAUGUCCUCAAGACUCCCCUGUGGAUAUUCAUCAUCCGCAUCCUCACCAUUGUCCUGGCCGUCGUCAUCCUCGGUCUCUCCGCGUGGUUCAUCUCGGGUGCAUACCUGGAUGUCAUGGGGCUCAAUAUUGCGGCUUCCAUCCUCACAUUGAUAUCCGUGCUCUACAUCAUCCUGGCUGAGAAGGUCUCCUCCUUCCGCUCUGGCUACCACAUCGUCGCCGUCCUAUCCCUCGAAGCCUUCUUCCUGGCCCUGUGGCUGGCCGCCUUCGCCGCCACCGCCGCCGAGCGCUCCAAGUACAGCUUCGACACCUACGACUACUGGACCUUUUACAAGGCAAGGAGAGAUCUCGAGCCUCGCGCCAUCAUCCUCUACGAGACCGGUGCCGCUGUCAUGUCAGCCACCGCCGGCAUUGGCGCUUGGACAUGGGUCCUAUUCAUCGUCACCUUCAGCUGGACGCUGACCAUGUUUAUCCGCGGCCGCAAGAACAACAUGUUCCCCCUGGUCGUCCGCUUCGCCAACGAGAACCACCAGAUGGAGAGCCAGCCCUUCAACGCCCAGCAGCCCCAGGUCCAGCAGCAGGCGCGGCAGCAGCCCCAGGCCGAGAAGCCCAUCGAGCCCCAGCAGCUGCAGACUGCCUACGACCCGCAGCAGGGAUACCAGGGCCCGUACCAGCAGCCCUCGCCCUCGCCCUCGCCCUCGCCCUACCAGCCUACCGUCACCUCGCAGGCCGUCAGCCCGGACCCUUACCAGCAGCAGCAGCACCAGCAGCAGCACCAGCCUCAGCAGGCCGUCUACCACUCGCCUCAGGAGCUGCAGGGUGGUGCGGGAAACUACCAGGCCCAGCCUCAGCCGUAUUACCCUCAGUACCCUCAGCAGCAGCAGCCGACCACGCAGAACCAGUAG